AUGGACCCUGUCAAGUACAUCUUUGAGAAGCCUACUCUAACCGGUAGAGUAGAUCAUUGGCAAAUUGCUUUAACUGAGUAUGACAUCCAACAUGUCACUCAAAAAGCAAUCAAAGGGAGUGUACUAUCAAAUUAUCUUGUACAUCAACCUUUGAAGUACUACCAGUCUAUGUGUUUUGAGUUCCCUAAUGAGGACAUAAUGCUAAUAAGGGAUUGCAACAUCCUUGGACCCGAGGAAGUACCAAAACCUAGAUCUCGGUGGAACCUUGUGUUUGAUGGAGCUUCUGACGCUUAUGGAAAUGGCAUUAGGGCAGUUAUAACCUCCCUAACUGGUUUUCACUUACCUUUUACUACAAGGUUGUGCUCUCAAUGUACCAACAACAUGGCAGAGUACGAGGUUUGUAUCUUCGGUAUUGAAGUUGCGGUUGAUCUUAGGAUCAAAAUUCUCGAAGUCUAUGGAGAUUUAGCCUUGGUCAUCAGCCAAGUAAGAGGAGAGUGGGAAGCUCGAGAUCACAAGCUCAUCCUUUACAAGGAGCACGUCCUAAAGCUGAUCUCGUAA